CCUCAUUUUCAAAGCCCCUAAUUACCCUGCGAACAAAGCACCCACGCUCAAAGUUGAAAUCGGUAGGGAAAAGAUUAGAGGCUCGAAGGUUUCGUCUUCCUUCAUCAUCAAUGGCACCGAAACCGAUAUCGAGUCCCGUUCCUGAUGCUUGGUACCCUACCCUCGCUGUCCUCAUGCUUUCUGUUGGGCUUAUGGUCACCGCAUAUUUCUUCGUAUAUGAAACCACUUCGUCCAAGCGAAACCGCUGCCUAGCAAAGGAGAUUGCUACGGGAGCUAUCGCAUCUGUGUUCUUGGGCUUCGGAUCUCUUUUCUUGCUCCUUUCUACUGGUGUUUAUGUUUAGUUUCAAGCUGAGCAAGUUUAGAUCCAGAUAGGGUUUUAGCAAUGAGGGCUAUUUCUUGGGAGUUUUUCAGUAACGUGGGAAAGUGUUAAAAGGAUUUCAUAUUUGGAUAUGGUCGCCUUUUGUUUUAUCUUACUAUAAAGUUUUACUGGACUUCAGACUCCUGAAAUUUUCUUUUAUUGAAA